GUAGACGAUUCCGUUGACCUAUAAAUUGACGUCUGUCAUUUUCUUUCUUCAUUACAAAAUGUUCGUUUUGGCAAUAGUAUUUGCAUUCGUUUUUAUUCCAUCUUCUUCUUCUGUCACUUGUGAUUUCAAAAAUGAACUUGUUUCGAUGAACUGGAAUGUUAAAAACAAUAAAAUUCAAAUUCAUUUCGAGCACAAUAAUCUAACUGAAAAUAGAUGGACUUCGAUAGCUUUUGGAGAUGGACCUGGAAUGAACAACCUGGAAUCGAUUAUAUUUUCCCGUAGAGAAGACAAUGUGAUAACAACAAAUUCUGGAUAUACACCAAAAAAGAAGAAAGUCGUGGUGGAUGAUGUUUCUUAUGUGACAGUUAAUGAUGUCCAAAUCACCGGGAACAAGCUGAAAGUUACAGUGAGCCGACCUUUGGGUCCAGCUGGUCCAAGAAACUUCUCAUUGGAUCAGUGUUUGAAUUGGAUGGUUGUACCGGGAGGAAGCUUAAGCAACGGAAAAUUCAAGAAACAUCAUGGCAAAAUUUUUUUCAUCAAGGACGUCUGUGCUGCAAAAUGUACUGCUGAAAGGAUCCAAAGAAUCAAUUCAAAUAAAGCACUAUAAAAACAUUACUAACAUUUUCACAUUGAAUUCAUUAAUUAAAUUGUUAAUUAACUGUCAAAUCAAAACCAUUAAUAAAUUUUAUGAGCCGA